AUGGCAAAAGAGAAGAUUAUUGAUCAAAGUCAAUCUGAUGUCAAGAUAAAGCUUAUUGGUAGACGACAUGGUGAUGCUCGAACAUAUAAUCUACCAACCGUAUCUGAAGUGGCUGCUUUAGUAGUUGGUGAUUUUGAUGAAUCGAUGGGGGAUAGAGAUUUAAUUGUUGAAACGCAAACCGGAGAACUCAAGCGCAUUAAUGAAUUACAUGCAACGUAUCUUGGUUUGCAGUAUCCAUUGUUAUUCCCAUAUGGUGAAGAUGGAUUUCGUGAAGAUAUUCCUUUAAAUGUGCCGGGAAGUUCAAGUGGUAAUAAUGCUCGCAGUAAUGUUACUAUGAAAGAUUACUUUGCUUUCCGGUUGCAUGAAAGAGAAUCUGAUGUGACGACAAUUUUGACUUCUAAACGUCUAUUUCAACAGUUUGUGGUUGAUGCAUACACUAUGAUUGAAUCAUCUAGAUUGAUGUAUAUACGCAUGAAUCAGAAAAAAAUGCGGGCUGAUUUGUAUAAAGGCCUCACAGAUGCUCUAAUAAGAGGUGAAACAAAUCCAGCAACCAGAGGAAAAAGAGUGAUAUUGCCAUCAAGUUUUGUUGGGGGAGCUCGAUACAUGGUGCAAAAUUAUCAAGAUGCGAUGGCUAUAUGUAAAUGGGCUAGAUAUCCUAAUCUAUUCAUCACAUUUACAUGUAAUCCAAAGUGGCCUGAGAUUGUUAGAUAUGUUGAAAAACGAGGAUUGAAACCGGAAGACCGCCCUGAUAUUGUUUGUCGAGUUUUCAAAAUGAAGUUAAAUAAUUUGAUUAAUGAUCUACGUAAAGAGAAAAUAUUCGGCAUUGUGAGAGCAGUUGUAUACACUAUUGAAUUUCAAAAAAGAGGACUUCCACAUGCACAUAUUCUGCUCUUCCUUUGGAAUGAAGAUAGAAAUCCUUCACCAGAUAAUAUCAACGAAAUUAUUUCAGCUGAAAUACCGGACAUGGAUUUAGAUCCAAAGUAUUAUACAGCUGUACAUGAUUUCAUGAUUCAUGGUCCAUGUGGAGUAGCAAAUAAAAAUUCGCCUUGCAUGGCAAAUGGUCGUUGCACAAAAUAUUUUUCCAAAAAAUAUGUUGAGACAACGAGUGUUGAUGAAGAUGGUUAUCCAUAUGGAGCACAUAUAAAUGUUGAAUGGUGCAAUCAGUCACGGUCGAUCAAAUAUUUGUUCAAGUAUAUCAACAAAGGAAAUGAUCGUGUUACUGCAUCUUUCUAUAAGAGCACGGAUGAUGGACAUAUGGAAAAGAAUGUGGAUGAAGUGAAUAUGUAUUAUGAUUGCAGAUACAUAUCACCAUGUGAGGCUGCAUGGCGAAUCUUUGGAUUUGAAAUACAGUACAAAGAUCCUCCCGUUGAAAGGUUGAGUUUUCAUAUUCCGAAUGAGCAAAACAUAAUAUUUUCAGAGUCGGAUACAUUAGAUGAGGUUUUGAGUAAACCUACAAUUGGACAAACCAAGUUCUUAAAGUGGUUUGAGGCAAAUAAGAUAUAUCCAGAAGCAAGGAAACUUUUUUUUUUGAAAGAAGAAGCAAGGAAACUUACAUAUGCAGAAUUCCCAACACAAUUUGUUUGGCACGCAAAGAAAAUAAAUGCAUGGGAACCAAGAAAAGAAAGGUACUCGAUUGGAAGAGUUGUUUAUUUACCUCCUGGGAGUGGAGAAAUGUAUUAUUUGAGAUGUUUACUCAACAUAGUACGUGGACCUACAUGUUAUGCGGACAUAAGAACUGUUAAUGGGAUUGUAUAUGGUUCAUUUAAGGAAGCUUGCUAUGCAAUGGGAUUGUUGAAUGAUGAUAGAGAAUACAUUGAUGGUAUAGUUGAAGCAAGUUGUUGGGCAUCUGCUAAGUCUUUAAGAAUGUUAUUCGUCACAUUAUUGUCGUCCGACUCUUUUGGAAGCGUAGCAGAUGUUUGGAAUGCAUGCUGGAUAUAUUUAUCAGAUGAUAUCUUAUACAAUCAAAGAACUAUGCUGCAUCAUCCAGAACUACAACUAACUGAAGAACAAAUCAAGUGUUAUACACUACUGGAAAUUGAAAAACUGUUGAGUAGUUUUGGAAGGACUUUGCGAGAGUUUGAAGGCAUUCCUUAUCCAAGUUCUGAAUUCUUCGAAACUGAUCAAAAUAAAUUGAUCAGUGAUGAACUAAGAUAUGAUCGAAAAGCAUUAACAGAUGAACACAAAGCUUUGAUUUCUAAGCUUACCGAUGAACAACGAUGUGUUUAUGAUACUGUUAUUAAUGCGACACGGUCAAAUUAUGGAGGAAUGUUUUUCAUAUAUGGGUAUGGAGGUACGGGAAAAACAUUCAUAUGGAACACUCUUUCAGCAGCUCUAAGGUCAAAGGGAGAAAUUGUUUUAAAUGUUGCUUCAAGUGGAAUUGCGUCCCUGUUGUUGCCUGGUGGAAGAACAGCUCAUUCACGAUUCAAAAUUCCCAUAAAUGUCAAUGAGGAUUCCAUGUGCAACAUCAAUCAAGGUUCUCCACUUGCAGAAUUGAUUGUUAAGUGUAAGCUUAUUAUUUGGGAUGAGGCACCGAUGAUGCACAAGUUUUGUUUUGAAGCAUUGGAUCGAGGUCUACGAGAUAUAAUGCGGUUUGUCAAUCCGUCAAGUGCAUCCACCCCUUUUGGAGGAAAGACAGUUGUGUUCGGGGGUGAUUUCAGAUAG